AUGGCGCACUCUCCAGCUGCGGGCGACGCAGCAGCAGCAGCAGCAGCAGCAGAGCUGCCGCGAACGCUGCACGAGCCGAUGGCUCCCACUAACUACGGCACCUUUCAAGUUUCUGUUGAUACAGACAUCGGGGGGAGGAAGCACCAAGAAGACAGAUUUACAGUCUGCCCGGCCCUCAUAGCAGGCAGAGACGACGCCGCAUUCUUCGGUGUCUUCGACGGCACUGUUGGCGACUUUGCUUCGGAGUCGGUGAAGGAUUUGGUGGUGCCGCACCUCGUAACAAGCAGCGGGUGGCAGAGGGUUGUGUCUUUGCUGCAGCAGCAGCAGCAGCAGCAGCAGCCUGCAGCAGCGGGCGACGGCGACGCCUCUGGUGCUUCAGCAGCAGCAGCAGCAGCAGCAGCAGGGCUUCCUGAGGCUCUAGCUACAGCGGUGCGGUGUAUGUACAUGGGUGCAGACGCAGAGUUAAUCGAAUUGUGCAGGCUUCAUUCAAACGAUUAUGCUUCUAGCACUUCUGUUACUGCUAUUUUGGCUGGUGGAUUCCUCGCAGUCGGCCACCUUGGAGACAGCCGCAUUGCGCUGGGCGUUGAGGUUGAGGGCGGCGCCAUCGAUGGGGAGUUUCUAACAGUGGAUCACAAGCCGAAUAUGCCUCUCGAACAAGAACGCAUCAUUAACAGCGGAGGCAGUGUAGAGUAUCUGCACAACCACAACAACAAACCCUUCAUUCGAGGCGGCGACUUCGGCUUGAGAAAGUCCAAAGGAGAGCAGCCCAUGCAGCUCCAGUACUCAAGAGCUUUCGGGGGGAAGGAUUUAAAAGGCUACGGGUUAAGCGCUGAGCCUGAUGUGCGGGUGCUGCGGCUGUCUUCGCGUCAUAAGUUAAUGGUGCUGGCUACGGACGGGCUCUGGGAUGUGCUGUCAGCGCAGCAAGCAGCGAGAUUAGCUUGGACAGCUCAUGCACAAGGGGAGAAUCCAGCAGAGUGUUUGGUGCAGCAAGCGCUAGCGGAGCAGCAGCAGACCGGACACUGUGCAGAUAAUGUAACAGCUAUGGUGGUUGUCUUCUGCUGA